AUCGCCCCUGCGCCAACGCCAGUGGCAAUAGGUUGCUGUCGUAAUGGUCUUGCCGGAAGAGAAGAGCGAUCUCGACUUGCACCCCUGGAAAGAUGUCUGAAAAAUCAUAUACUACUGGGAGAGCCUGGGUCACAAACUGCUGACCUCGAGAUAAUCGACCCUAUCAAAGUGGGCGAUUGCCAUAAUUCGCAAGUCUUCGUCGCAGAGGUGCAAGAACGGGAUGCUGUAGAGAACAAGAAGAGGACGGUGGUGGUCAAAGUCUAUGACCCUCUUUACUUUGACGACGAUGAGGGGUAUCUCAAUCCGUUUCUCUGUAUGGACAGACACUAUACUCACGAGGUGCAUGCAUAUACCUCGUUUUCCCACCUCCAAGGAAGCCUUAUCCCUGAAUUCUACGGGUCUUUCUCGCUCGAGAUUCCAGUAUCCGAGUCAACCGUGCGCAUUGUCCGACUGAUUGUGAUGGAAUAUAUCCCUGGGAUAUUUAUGCAGCAGGCCAUUCCUGAAGAUUUUGCUUUACCCUGUCGCCAACAGAUCAUCAAAUCGGUGAUCGAAUUCGAGAGUCGCCAGGCCUAUCAACACAACAUCAUUCUCUAUGAACUGACGCCCAGAAAUGUUAUGUUACUUGACCCUGCCCGCUACCCGCAACGAAAGAUUGUAUUUCUAGACUUUGAUGGGGCUCAUUUUGGUCGCAGGUUCGGCACCACUAAGCCUACCCUUUCCUGGAGUCAAUAUAUCUCCCCUCUUCUAAGGUGGGAUCUAGAUAUGGCUUACGAUUUCCGUAAUUGGAUCGAUUGGGAUUUCGAAGCCUGGAUCAAGAGCGAAUAUGCCUCUGAUGCCCACUCCAUCACGCAGGAAAUGAGAGAUCAUUAUACCAUAAACUGA